AUGGGGCAGACAAGCGUCGAAUACAUUGCCGCAGGAGGCAACCGGCACCCUUCCGCCGCGGACUGGGCCUCUGAACUGUUGGUGUUCGGCGCUGGCAGCAACAUAGCGCUGUGGAAUCCCGACGACGCAGACCAUCGUGGAGUCACUGCGCUCUUGUCGGGCCAUACCGACACGGUGAACGCGGUGAAGAUUCUGCAUCGAAACGAUCGGCGGUUUAUCAUUAGCGGAAGCGCAGACAGGACGGUUCGACUUUGGGCUGCCUCAGACCAGACGCCUAAUGGCUACCAUGCGGCGCAGUGCUUGGCAGAACAUACUGGCUCUAUCAAUGCAAUUGCUACUCUUGCAGGCUCCUCGAUCUUUGCCACCGGAGCCGCGGAUGGGACCGUCAAGAUAUGGAGUCUGGAAAAUGCCACCGCCGAGCUGAUUCAGUCGAUUUCGCUGACGCCUCGAUAUUUCCCGCUGAGCCUCGCACUGACCGCUCUAUCCAACGAUGUUGUCCUGCUUGCAGUCGCCGGCACUUCGAACAGCAUACAGCUCUACGCAAGCGACCAAGUCAGCUAUAACUUUGCGCUGCAGGCCACAUUGAGUGGACACGAAGGCUGGAUUCGGUCGCUGGACUUCACUAGAGAACGUCGCGACGACAGCACCGAUGUCCUCCUUGCAUCGGCCAGCCAAGACAAGUACAUACGUCUCUGGCGCCUACAUCAACCCCAGGGCGGAACUACAAUCGACGACCUAGACACAGCUGGCAUUGCUCUUCCUACCGGAAAAAAGUCUCUAUCAAACAAAGCGCACCAGGUUGGUAACCCAGAGGCAAAAUACAACGUGACGUUUGAGGCACUCCUCAUUGGUCACGAGGAUUGGAUAUAUACCGCAAGAUGGUCGCCGAAAGGAGACGAGACUGGAAACCCAGUACUACUAUCUGCAUCAGCCGAUAAUUCACUGUCCAUUUGGCAUGCAGACGCUGCUUCUGGUUUAUGGGUCUGUAGUAGCAGACUCGGCGAGAUCAGCUCUCAGAAAGGCUCCACCACAGCCACCGGCUCCACGGGUGGCUUCUGGAUAGGCCUUUGGCGGCCGAGCGGGCAAUCCGUUGUCAGCUUGGGUCGCACUGGAAGCUGGCGUAGAUGGGUGUGGAGUUCUCCCAAUCAUGUGUGGCUGCAGCAGAUCGGCAUCAGUGGACAUAUCGAGGAGGUGCGAAGCCUGACUUGGGCUCCAUCUGGCAGCUAUCUCCUCACCACUGGCUCGGAUCAGACCACACGAUCGCUGUCCCCCUGGAGCAGGAAUGGCAGGAGCUCAUGGCACGAAACAUCCAGACCACAAAUACACGGCUACGACCUCAAUUGCAUCGCCGCCAUCACUGAGCACCAGUUCGUCUCUGGUGCCGAUGAAAAACUCUUAAGAGUCUUCAACAAGCCCAAGGCAGUCGACAGCCUCAUGGCUCGGCUCGGCAACUUCUCACAAUCAAUGGCAACAGAUUUACCAGACGCUGCAAACAUACCAGUGCUUGGUCUGUCGAACAAAGCCGUUGCGACUGUGGACGAUGAUGAUGCGAUCGCUCAUCUACAGAACGGUAAUGCGGAUGAGCGCGAAACCGUUGAUCCUUCGGCUGUUAUCCAUAGAUCCACACUCGAUUUGCGCCAACCCCCUUUUGAGGACCAUCUCGCCCGACAUACUCUCUGGCCAGAACAUGAAAAGCUCUACGGUCAUGGAUACGAGAUCUCGACCGUAGCCACAAGUCACGAUGGCUUGUUGAUUGCAACUGCUUGCAAAGCAAGUGCAGUAGAUCACGCCGUCAUCAGGCUGUAUGAGACCAAAGAUUGGCGCGAGAUAAAGCCGCCCCUGACAGCGCACAAUUUGACUGUCACAAGUCUUGCUUUCUCACCUGAUGACAAGUAUUUGCUGAGUGUCAGUCGUGACAGACAAUGGGCUGUUUUCGAACGGGAAAAUGACAGUCCAGGACUUUACACCCUACAUGCCACAAAUCCCAAGGGCCACUCCCGCAUGAUCUUAGAUUGUGAUUGGGUACCAUCAGCUGCAGGACCUGCUUUUGUGACUGCUGGCAGGGACAAGUCUGUGAAAGUAUGGAAGCUGGAAAGCGGCAAAGCACAAUGUGUAACUGCACUGUCCGCCAGCAGCUCUAUAACUGCAGUCGCGGUAUCGCAAACAAGCACGUCCAUCCUCAUGGCGUUUGGAACCGAAGAAGGAAAUAUAAGCAUCGCCAAGCUGGAUGCUGGGACGCUGUCGGUCGAAGAACGCGCUGAGAUUGACGAUGCCAUCAGUCCUUCACGGGCCGUCAAUGCUCUUCGCUGGAGGCCACGUGCAGAACCAAGAGUGACAGAGAGAGGGGAACAGUUGGUAGCAGGAAGCGAUGACUUUUCUGUGAGGAUGUACAACAUGGCAUGAAAGACAAGCGGCAUGCUGUCGAUAUCUGCAGCUUCGAGGCCAACAAACAUCAUCCGUCACAAAUUGAAGCCGAUGGAACCAUUUCCCACCAACGCCGAACUCCUGCCGCUAAGUCGACGACACGGGCGAAAAAAUACUACAGCUCCCUCAAAUUCCCAAGCAACGACCACAAUAGGUCAAAAUCCAGGACACAUCCAAAGUGGCCGGGCACCGACAUUAGUCUCUCGCUCAGGAGUUCUUUCAUGGCGCUGCUCUCACGUCAGUCUCAAAUACGUCCCUUUC